AUGGUUCCCCUCUUAAAUUCCAUUCUCCGUUUGACGGAUUUCCGGAAUCCGUUUCUGCGUAAUCUCGUUCCACCCAUUGCAUUGGCCUAUACGAUCCAAGCUGCCGUUGCCAUUCCCUCUAUUCUGGCUGGCUCUGAACGCUUUUAUGAUCUCUCCGGGUCUAUCACCUACCUCUCCUGUACCGCCUUGAGCUUGUAUCUUCCAACCCUUCGUGCCCGUGCUGCUGCCUCUCUUACUGGGGCAGUGAAACCGGCCUGGCCGAGCCUAUGGGCUAGCAUCACUGGAACUGCUGCUGCAAGCAGUUCAAUUUUCAACUGGCGGCAGGUUUUCCUGAGCGCCGCUGUUACGAUCUGGGCCUGUAGACUUGGAUCGUUCCUUUUCCAGCGGAUAAAUGCAGAAGGAAAGGAUUCUAGAUUCGACAGCAUCCGAAACUCGGCUCCCAAAUUUUCCGGAGCUUUUAUUGCUCAAGCUACCUGGGUUUCCCUGUGCUUACUUCCGGUUCUUUCUGUUAACGCGGUGCCUGCAACUGCAUUGGCAGCUCUCCCCGCAAUUGGCCUUACAGACAUUCUCGGCAUCCUACUUUACGUAGGCGGUUUGAGCUUCGAGGUCACAGCAGACAGACAAAAGAGCAAGUGGAUGCAAGAGAAGAAAGAGAAGAAACACGAAGAAGAAUUUCUGACGCGAGGACUCUGGGGGAAGAGUCGCCACCCCAAUUACUUUGGAGAGAGUACUCUAUGGACGGGUAUUGCGACCCUUGCUGGUGGUGUGUUGAUGAGCAACAUAGGCCAGGCAGGUAUGGGUCUGUCAGGCGCGCUUGGGGGUAGGGUGCUUGCCCUCGCAAUGGCAGGCGCCAGCCCGGCAUUUGUGAGCUUUCUGCUGCUAAAGGUCUCGGGCGUGCCUCUCAGCGAAGAGAAAUAUGACAAGCGGUAUGGAGAUCGGAAGGAUUACCAGGAGUGGAAGAAGAACACUCCCAUGUUCAUACCCAAGUUGUGAAAUAUAGAGUGAUCUUCCGAAAAUUGUAAACAGCAUUUCCAAUACCGGGAGAUGUUGGCGCUGAAGAGGAUAAUGUUCAAAUAUAAUUAAUACACCCGAAAAAUGC